AUGAAAGCUCCACAGCGUCGGACGAAGCAGCAGGAGCAGCACGCGGCGCUUGUUGCGCAGCUCGUUGCUGUCAAACAGAAGCAGAAACUACUGUAUGAUGAGUCCUUGAUGUUUGCCACGUCACCCGUAGCUUUGGAAAAAGUAGCGGCCCAGCGCUCGCUGCGUUCUUUGCGUCAAUUGACACCUGAUGUGACUGUGCUCUGUGCACAGACUGGAGCUGUUGUAGAGCGCGUUGCUAACGCAAAUGACGUUGCAGAGAAAAUGACGCGUGAGGUGCGACGUCUGGACGUGAUCCAGUCGCGUUUGGGUGUGGUGUUGAAGCAAUCGGCGCAGCUUUUGGCACUGCGUAACGCAUUAUCUGGGAUCCGAUUAGCCAUGCAGCAGCAGAGAUAUCCGGAGGCUGCCACGUUCCUUCAGACACUCAAGAGUAUAGAGCAGCAGAUAACGCUGGAUUUAGCUGACAAGUUACGAGUGGAUACGAUUGAGAGCGACCUUAAAGGAGUCAUUGUAGGCGCGUUCGAUGACGGACUGCAGACUGGAGACAACCGCAAGGUACAGACAUACGCGCCAUUGUUCAAAGUGGUGGGAAGAGACUUCGAAGAACGUGGACUGGUGAUGCUGUUAGAGCAUGUGCAAAAGUCGCUGGAAGAGUCGAUGAAGCGGGACGGAGAUCCCCGUGUGAAUGUGUUUAGUAUCCCGGAACUGCUUACACGUCUUGCAGAAGUGUUCAACCAAGCGGCACAAAAAGCACAGCAACAUGCGGCGUUGUUGGUGCAGUGCUUUGAGCGAGUUCAUGGCCCGAAUCGCUUUGUGGCAAAGCUGUACGCACUAGGGGAGCAGUCGGCUGUUGCUGUGUUGAAUGCAUACAUGGCGCAACGCAAGUUUCAUGAACGUAUCACGGAUGGAGAGCAGCCUGGACCGUCGACUUUGACCACUCCGUUGUCGCCGUCAAAUCGAAACAGUGGCAGCGAUGAGGUCCACGCAGCACCAGGAAGUUCCGGGGAUGAUGGCGUUUCCGUCAUGAACGAACAGCUAAAUGAAAUGGCCCUAGUGAUCCAGCACACGCAAACGUACGAGCGUUUUAUGCGCUCAAGAGUGGUGCCUGAAGAAGAUGAAGAAGGAGCUAGUGCUACGGAAGCUGGAAAUGGUGAGAAAAUAAGUGCUGUUGACGUUAAGGAUAACCCCGUAUUGCCUCCAAUCCAUGAAAGUGAGAUAGGAAAAACUGUACAGGAGUUAGCAGGAUUCUACUGCUUCUUCGAGAACGCACUACUGAAUAAGGCUGCUCAGAAAGCUUUUCAGUGGGAAAAACUUCACUACUCAUCGGGAGAUGGGGGUAAUGGUGGUGCUGGAGUCGAUGCCUGCGAUGAACUACUCUGCUAUCCAAUUUCAUCGGCCAUUGACGAGAUUUUUUACGUAGCACGUAACUCGGGGUUGCGUGCGUUGGCGACAGGCCAUGGCGACUGCGCGGCCGGAGUUCUCAACAUGAUUAACACCGUGUUGCGUGAUGUUGUUGGAGACACGAUGCGAAGUCGCAUCCGACAUAUGACUACAUCUGCUAAGAUGGACAGAGCACCAGGAGAUGCGUCCAGCUUAUUGGCUGCUUCCUCGGCGCAGUUGCGUGAUCAGAUGCAACAACAAUUUGCUAAGCUCAGCAAGACUGUUGGGCCUGUGGGUGGUGCUAGCAAUACCGACGUUGCUGGACAGACGUCAGAAGAGCGGAGGGAACACGCCCCCGAUGUUGUACUCAACAGUUUGGAGGUAAUUUCCGGUUACAUCGCACAACUGAAGGACGAGUUUGAACAUGAGCUGCCUGAAGCCUUUCCUGAAGUGCCGCAGCAUAUUACGACUUGUCUGAACGCACUCGAAGACGCAUCAGCUGAACUAAAGCAGCUACUUGUGGUGUCACGAAAAAAGCUUUUGAAGCUUUUGGAACCAACGAUUGCUACAUACCUCAACAGUUUGUUAUCACCGUCCUCGUCGGCAUCUUCUGCAGCAUCGGCUUUGGCCGCAUCUGCAACAGCUUUGUCGUCGUCAUCUGGACCGAGACGCAUUGGUGUGCAAUACGAGCUGACCGAGGCAAUGUUCACGUUUAACGAGGCAAACGAUCCAUUUGCACACGCCUUUGUACGCGGUCUGCGCUCGCUGCUAGCUGGCUUUCGUGGGAAUCUCUCGCAGAGUAAUUACCGUGCAAUUGUGCAGGGAGUCGCUCAAUAUGCGGCUACUCAGAUGGAAUCUUGGUUUUUCACUCGAGUGACUCGUGUAAACCAGCUUGGUGCAUUGCAAUUUGAUAAAGACGUGCGUGUCAUUAGCACUUUCUUUAGCGGUGAAGGUGGUGCCAACGACGACGUACGUGAGGCAUUUGCUGUUUUGACUCAACUGUCUGAGGUUUUAAAUCUGGACACUCCUCAAGACGUGCUGGACGUGUAUGGACUUCGACGUCGUGGUGUGGCUUGGACAUUGUCGGCUGCUCGUGUUAAGGAAGUGCUUUCACGUCGCGUGGAAUUUGCCGAUGCGGCCAUUAAUAAGCUCGUCCUGAAGUAA